AUUCAAGUCAAUCAUGGCGCGGGCGGGAACUCGAAACCGCAUGCGCCGUGCUUAGGACGGCUUUUUGCAAAGUACGGUGAUGACACAGGAUAAAAGUACGGCGAUCGAGUCAAGUAGCUACGAAACAGUACAGCACCACCGUGAAGGUUUUACGCCAUGAAGUACACCAUUCCGGGUCCAAACGUCAAGUUAUUCGGCCGCGCCGUGCAGACGUUGACGAAAAUAGGCGACGAAGUGUAUGUGAUCGCCGACGACCGGACGCUGUCUUUGAAAGCGUUCAGUGCCUCUCGGAGCUCGUAUAUGUGCUUCAGUUUCGAACGUAGUUUUUUCAGCACCAGUGAGCUUGAGAGCGAAGGUUACCGAGGUAAACUGAGUGCGCGAUCAAGCCUAUUGGCCUUCCGGUCCGUGCAGACGCUUGACCGGACAGUCGAGGAAUGCGUCGUCGAAUUGACGGGCGAUCAGGCAUUGGUGUCGCUGCGCUUUCGGCGCGGUUUGACCAAGCGCUUCUGGCUGCCGCUGAUCGAGUACGAGGAACUGCAAUUCUCUUUUCGCGCCGACUCGUACGUGAGAAGCGUGUGCGGCCAAGCCAAGCUGUUGUCCGACGUGUUGGCCAACUUUGCCGUUAACGUGCCCGAGGUGACGCUGAGGCUGUCGCCCGAUCGGCUGGACGUCUUCACGCACUUGGAAGGCGCCGACACGCAGCGUUCUGUUCGCACCAGCGUGAGCGUCCAAGCCGCCGAAUUGGACGACUUGCAGUGUAGGGGUGACGCUGCCGAACUGACGGUCUGUCUGCGCGGUUUGCGGGCGGCGCUAGGAUUCCACGAGGGCUUAACAGUGCGGCUGCAACUCGAUGAACCGGGCAUGCCUUUGGUGGGACGCCUGGACGGCGUGCCCGGUUUGGAGGCGACGUACGUCGCUGCCACCCUGGCAGCCGGCGGCCGGCCUUUGGCAAGCAGCGUGGCACCGCACGAGCGGAGGCCGGCGCGGCAAUGUGCGGACACUACCAGCAAGCGUCACCGGGCGUUCCUGCUGGGGCUGACGCGGCCGCCACUGGACGAGUUCACGUCGCAGUUGCCGCGCGACGAGCAGGUUUUUGCUGAAGCAAGCGACGACGAAGAAGGCUAGGGCUGCGAAUGUGCGAGGCUUAGUGUGAACGUUAAACUUUAUGCUGCAACUCGGCUGUCAGUGCGGCUUAGUUGGUGGGAGCAAAGUACUGGCUCAGCACCUCUGAAAGGCGCCGUUCCCUUUUCGCAGUGCUUCUGUGAACUGUAUGAAGCAUGACACCUGCACCAUAUGUUAGCGCAUGUGGUAUGUAUAACAUAAUCUAUGUGCUGGAAGGAACAAGAUUGUAUUAUGGUGCUGUCUGCUCAUAACACUAUAAAUGCCAUGUGUAGUGAUACAUCUUACAUAAACUGCCGAUCCUGCUGUCAGCCUGGCUUACGUCCACUGCAGGCUUCUCCCAACGAUCUCCAACCCUGCGUGUGCCAUUCCAUUUUAUGCCUCUGAAUUUCUCAACUCCGUUAACCAUUGGCUGACCCCUGUUCGCGUUUCCCAUGUCGUGGUAUCCAUUCUCUGACUGACCAUCUGUUGUCUCUCUUUCUCAUAACGUAUUAGUUCAUUACUGCUUAGUGUAUUAAGUAGCAGUGACGGGAACACUGCAGUGACUUCAUGCAGCUGAAUGCAGUUAUCAGACAGAAUUGCUAGCAUGCAUCAAUCUUCAUUUGGUUCAUACUGGCAUCAGCCAGACAGAUACCGCACGAGUUCCACUUAUCAUUCCGAGUUGCACUGUAUCCGAACAAAAAUGCUCUCUUCUGCAGACUGUAGGAUAAAAUUGGGAGGAAUAGGCCAGUGUACUUCAUCAAUCGUUUUGAGGGAAUGUCUCAGGCACUACACUCACUUUCAUGCAUAGCUUGCAGUGCUGUGGAAGUUGUGCAAAAAGCUUUGUCAUCGCAUGCUCUGUGUGUUUUUCCCAAGAGGUGUAGACAUGCUGAGGCGUCCAUCUUUGAAUUGAAAAGCCAUGAGCUCUGCACCCUGCUUAAAAACUGUCGUAAUUUCUUAAUUUUCUACAUAAAAUUUGCCUCACACGAACUUUGUCCAAUGUCUUC